AUCACAACAUCCGGCGCGCUGGUUCCGCUGCGCGGCGGCGGAGAGAGAAGGGGCAACUGAGUCGUUUAAAUGAGUUAAAAUGAGCCGUUUAACAUUAAACUAGUUCACUAAAAUAGUUUAUUCCUUAUCCUUAAACUCGCCGGCUUUAAUCCCGUCACCAAACCGCGGUCUGCCGUUCACGGUUUGCGGUGUUUCAGCGCUCAGUCUGAGGACUAAAGACAUGUUUGAAUUAAACGCCUUCGGUUUCUGGCCUGAAACACUUAAAAUGGAUUUAUUUCUGUGAGGAGUCGCAUUUCCUGCCCGGGCUUCUCUUCGUGAACCUCCAGCUACAGAAAGACCCCAGAAUGAACCGAAAGAAAGACAAAGGCUUCGAGAGUCCGCGACCUUACAAACUAACCCACCAGGUGGUCUGCAUCAACAACAUCAACUUUCAGAGGAAGUCCGUUAUUGGUUUUGUGGAACUCACCAUCUUUCCCACUGUGGUGAACCUCAACCGCAUCAAACUCAACAGCAAGCAAUGCAGGAUUUACAGAGUGCGAGUGAAUGACUUGGAGGCACCUUUCAUUUACAAUGAUCCCACGCUGGAGGUCUGCCACCAUGAGUCCAAGCAGCGGAACCUGAACUAUUUCUCUAGCGCCUACUCUGCAGCAGUCAGUGCUGUGGACCCAGAUGCUGGAAAUGGGGAGCUGUCCAUUAAAGUCCCUUCAGAGCUCUGGAAGCAAGGGGAUGAGAUGAAAGUGCUGAAGGUGUAUAUUGAGUUUUCCCUGGACCAGCCAAAGGGAGGGCUCCAUUUUGUUGUACCUGACGUGGAGGGCAGCAUGGCGGAGAGAGGAGCUCAUGUUUUCUCCUUUGGAUAUCAGAAUUCCACACGGUUCUGGUUCCCCUGUGUGGACUCCUACUCGGAGCUGUGCACGUGGAAGCUGGAGUUCACUGUGGACGCCUCCAUGGUGGCAGUGUCCUGUGGAGACUUGGUCGAGACCGUCUACACUCAUGACAUGCGCAAGAAGACCUUCCACUACAUGCUGGCCAUCCCCACAGCUGCACCCAACAUUUCUCUGGCCGUAGGACCCUUUGAGAUCCUCGUGGACCCUUACAUGCAUGAGGUGACUCAUUUCUGCCUGCCCCAGCUGCUGCCCCUGCUGAAGCAUUCCAUGUCCUUCCUGCACGAGAUCUUUGAGUUCUAUGAGGAGAUUCUCACAUGCCGCUAUCCAUACUCUUGCUUUAAGACUGUCUUUAUUGAUGAGGCCUAUGUGCAGGUGUCAUCCUACGCAUCCAUGAGUAUCUUCAGUACAAACCUGCUCCACAGCGGAAUGAUCAUAGACCAGACCCCCUUGACACGACGCUGCCUGGCACAGGCCUUGGCCCAGCAGUUCUUUGGCUGCUUCAUCUCACGGAUGUCUUGGUCUGAUGAAUGGGUCCUAAAGGGGAUAUCAGGCUAUAUAUAUGGCCUCUACCUGAAGAAGACUUUCGGAGUCAAUGAGUAUCGCCACUGGAUCAAAGAGGAACUGGACAAGAUCGUGGAUUAUGAACUGAAGACAGGAGGAGUCUUGCUGCACCCCACUUUUACAGGAGGAAAAGAGAAAGAGAACCCAACUCCCCACUUGCAUUUCUCCAUCAAACACCCCCACACACUGUCCUGGGAGUAUUAUAAAAUGUUCCAGUGCAAAGCCCACCUGGUCAUGAGACUGAUUGAGAACCGGAUCAGUAUGGAAUUCAUGCUGCAGGUGUUCAAUAAGCUGUUGAGCCUGGCCAGCACAGCUUCGUCACAGAAAUACCAGUCGCACAUGUGGAGCCAGAUGCUCUUGUCCACCUCUGGCUUCCUGAAGUCCAUCUCCAACGUGUCAGGGAAGGACAUCGGCCCCUUGAUUAAGCAGUGGGUAGACCAGAGUGGGGUGGUGAAGUUCUUUGGUAGUUUUGCCUUCAACAGGAAAAGGAAUGUGCUGGAACUGGAGAUCCGCCAGGAUUACACCUCCUCUGGCACACAGAAAUAUGUGGGCCCCAUUAAGGUGACUGUUCAGGAGCUGGAUGGAUCCUUCAACCACACUCUCCAAAUUGAGGAGAACAGUCUGAAGCAUGACAUACCCUGCCACUCCAAAAGCAGAAGGAACAAGAAGAAAAAAAUUCCUCUGAUGAAUGGCGAAGAAGUGGACAUGGACCUGUCAGCCAUGGACGCGGACUCUCCUCUGCUCUGGAUACGAAUUGAUCCGGACAUGUCCAUCCUGCGGAAAGUAGAGUUUGAGCAGGCUGACUUCAUGUGGCAGUACCAACUCCGCUAUGAGCGGGAUGUGGUGGCUCAGGAAGAGGCAAUCUCAGCCCUUGAGAAAUUCUCCACGGCCGCUUCUCGCCUAGCCCUCACUGACAUCCUGGAGCAAGACCAGUGCUUUUACAAAGUGCGCAUGCAGGCCUGCUUCUGCUUAGCCAAGAUUGCCAACGCCAUGAUGAGCACCUGGACAGGGCCUCCUGCAAUGAAGUCUCUCUUCACUCGCAUGUUCUGCUGCAAAAGCUGCCCGAACAUUGUCAAGACCAACAACUUCAUCAACUUCCAAAGCUACUUCCUGCAGAAGACCAUGCCAGUGGCCAUGGCUUUGCUCAGGGAUGUGCACAACCUCUGUCCUAAAGAGGUGCUGAACUUCAUUCUGGAUCUCAUCAAGUACAAUGACAACAGGAAGAAUAAGUUUUCAGACAACUACUACCGCGCAGAGCUGAUUGAUGCUCUGACCAACUCGCUGACUCCAGCCAUCAGCAUCAACAAUGAGGUCCGCACAGUGGACAGCCUGAACCCAGACGUGCGCCUCAUCCUGGAGGAGAUCACCCGUUUCCUCAACAUGGAGAAACUGCUGCCCAGCUACAGGAACACUAUUACUGUCAGCUGUCUUCGUGCUAUCCGGAUGCUGCAGAAGAACGGCCAUAUUCCUAGUGACCCCAGCCUGUUUAAGUCUUAUGCAGAAUACGGUCAUUUUGUGGACGUGAGGAUAGCCGCCCUGGAGGCCUUGGUGGACUAUACCAGAGUUGACAGGAGCGCCGACGAAUUUCAGUGGCUGUUGGAAAUGGUCCAGAAUGACCCAUUACACUACGUCAGACAUAAGAUUCUUAGUAUGCUGGCCAAAAAUCCACCCUUCACCAAAGCAGCAGAGUCUUCCCUAUGCAAUGAAGCUCUAGUGGACCAGUUGUGGAAGCUGAUGAAUUCAGGCACGUCUCAUGACCGGCGCCUACGCUGUGAUGCGGUGAACCUUUAUCACACUCUGUUUGGACUGACAAGGCCCUCAUGCCUACCUCUUCCUGAGCUGGGCUUGGUGCUCAACCUGAAGGAGAAGAAGGCUGUCCUUAACCCUACCAUCAAACCUGAGCAGGGCUCUGGAGGCCCAGAGCUGCCCCCUGCUGUGGUCUUCACUAGCAGUGUAAGCUCACAAGAGACACUGGAGGAGGAGCAUGUUGUCAUGGAACCACCAUUGGGUGGGAUGGUUCUACCUUCUCAGGGUCUGAAGAGGAAGGCAGAGACUCCGCUGGCUUCGCCCCCUGAACCUGGGCAGGUGUUGCAAGAGGAGCCUGUGGUCAAAGGAGGUGUCAAGAGCAGAUUUCCAACUCAAGAGGAGGAAGAUAUUGAUAUGGACACAGUUCAUGACAGUCAGGCUUUCAUCUACCACCAUCUCAACAUGCUGGACAGGCCUUCCACACCAGGUAGGGAACCUCCCACAAUGGAGCAGACCAUUAUGUCCAUGCCGGCCACGCCUGUACCUUUGUUCAGCAAAGAAAGCACGUUGUCCUUGAAGCAUGGUGGGGAGCACCACCAUCACCAUCAUCACCACCACCACCAUGAGCACAAGAAGAAGAAGAAGAAGCACAAGCAUAAACAUAAACAUAAGCACAAGCAUGACAGCAAAGACAAGGACAAAGAGAAGGAGCGUGACUCCCACACCUUCAGCAACAGCCCGGCCAGUGGUCGCUCCAUGCGCUCGCCCUCUCUGUCUGACUGAUCAGACCAAGAUAGGACUUCGUUUUGGCACCGUAUUUUUUGUUAUGAUUAGUGGUUUUACACUUUGGAUCCAGUCUGCAGGAUGAAAGCUGCUGGUAAACAGUAGUAAUUAGCAUACAUUUUCUUCUCAAUAUGACCACCAAUUGCACUUAGGUCAAUAGGAGAAGUUCAGUGACGUUACUAGCCAGAUCAGUUAAUGACUGACCCUUUUUUUAGGGGGGGGGGUUUGAGCCAGCGAUUCCACCACUCACACAGCCUUCAGUUUCAGCCUUAAACUGUCCUUGUUACUAGUGUGAGAAUAGCCCUCAGUUUCUUCUUCAGUGUAGUCACUAACUACUCGGACUCUUCACAUGCUCAUAACCACACACACCUCUCACCACAAGGACCACUUGAAGCCAUCUUGACCGAUAAAUGGCAGUAUUCUGCUGAGUACUUUUAUGAGGGAAUUUUUCACUGGGCAGGCUCUCGAGCUCUGUUAAUGCAUCGGUAGUGCUUCAUUAGCUACUGGAAAUUGUGGAGAUUGAAAACUGUAAACUUAUAUAAGGCAUGAAAAGCAGAAAAAGUUGAGCAGCCCCCACUUUGACCUGAGUUCACACUAGGAGCGGUUUAAAAUGGACUUUGUGAACAGACUUGUCCAUCAUAUUUGACUGCUGUAUUAUACUUUUCAGAAGCCACGUGUUACUUUUGCUCUGCUUCAUGCUGACACUCUCUCUAGCUGUGUUUUAAUUUCUUUUUACUUCACUGUAGUGAUUUUUAAAAUCUUGCUGUUCAGUAGAGUUUUGUCAUCUCUUUUAUAUCUGUGAUGUUCAAAAUAAAAAUGUCACAAAGAACUGAUUAAUAAAAAAUGUCUUUACCAUUAA